AUGAAGAGAUUUGGUGUCUCAUACCUCGUAGGCUCGACUAAGGAAUCUUCAAAAAUAGAGACGACUGAAAAAGAUCCUUCCUCCCCCGCUGCUCAAACCGACUAUUCAAUACUAGCGCCGACUUCUUACAAUCCCUGCCCACAAUUUCCUUCUCUGACUCGCUCAAACGCAGAGUUUAGUACCGAUUUUUCUAAUUCGCAUUCACCUACGAUGGACUUUCAAAACUCUGCUGUUGUUACUUCCAACCAACCCACAACAUUUCGCCAGGUUUCCAGCGUUUCUUUUGCAUCUCAGCCAGUUUACCUACCGUCCGAAGGAGAACAAGCAGGAACCGAUCAAACGUCGAGGUAUUCCUCGUACGUAACUCAAUCAACUCCAACCGGUUACGGUAACAGCUUUCGUCGAAACACGAUCGAUUAUGGAAGAUUGUCAAGCUUGUACUCGUACGCUUCUGAUUCAUCAAGAUGUGAAUAUUGUGAGGAAAACGGAGGAGAUGCAGAGAAAGUACGUUGGCGGAGUAAAGAUGACGGCAUGAAUAGUGCAGCGAGUGGAGAAGGGCAAUCGGUGGAGAAUGCGUCGAAGAGUAAUAAUCUUGAUUUUGAGCAGUCGUCAACCGUUCAUUCGGGUAUCCCACUUCAAACAAACACUUUAUCCAAUUAUUCGAAUACUAGUAUAUCUUUACUUCACCCAACAUCAUCUUCCCCGAUAUCAUCUUCCCCGAUAUCAUCUUCCCUGACAUCUCAUUCCCAAAUACCACCUUCCCAAUCACCGUCUUCCCAAUCACCGUCAUUCCAAAUACCACCUCCCCAGUCGCCAAAAACUUCAUCAGAUAUUCCAUUACAAUCACCUACAAACGAACAAUCUUCAACAAUCAGGCAACUCACUUGGUCGCACUCGCGACCAUUUGCGCCGCCCAAACCUCCAUCUGUCAUUCGUGCAACCACGGCUAAUGAUACGUCGCUUGCACCAACACAGCCUUCCGCUUUACCAUCACAACCUAACUCUGCCGUGAAACGCAAAGAUCCAGACACGUCUAGUGAAACACGCUGCCUCUGGGCUGCAUGUGCGGCCGCCUUUAGAUCUAUUGACGAACUUAUUCGUCAUAUUUCUAAGCUACACAUUUCCGGGCGAAGCAAAGGUCUUUUCUGUCGAUGGGCUUCAUGUUCGGCUGAAAAGGAUGGUAGUGACGAAUUGAUCAGUCAUUUAUGUUCGGAUCAUCUUGGGACUAAGGAAUACAAACAUUUGUGUAAAUGGGGGGACUGUAUUGCACGGUUUCAGACUUUCGAUGAUUUAACAUCGCAUUUAAGUGAAGGUCAUGUCGGGAGCGGUAAAAGUAAAUAUGUGUGCUAUUGGGAACAAUGUGAGAGGAACGGGAGACCAUUUUCGCAGAGACAGAAAGUUAUGAGGCAUAUGCAAACACAUACCGGGGAUAAGCCGUAUCAGUGCAAUAACUGUAAUAAACGCUUUUCCGAGGCCAAUAUCAUGACUCAGCAUAUGAGAAUUCACACUGGAGAGCGCCCGUUCAAAUGUCAUUAUUCAGAGUGUGGUCGACAGUUCUCCAUAUCUGGGGCGUUGACUAUUCACCUUCGAAUGCAUACAGGAGAGAAACCUUUCCAAUGUAAGUUUAGUGGUUGUCGGAAACGCUUUGCAGAGUCAUCUAACCUCACGAAACAUGUAAGUUGCUUCGGUUUGUUCCUGUUUGAUUAUCUUGUUCCAGUAAACUCUCAUACUAGUGAUCUUGGAUAUGUAGAUGCGUAUACACACCGGUGA